CCGAAACGCUGUUCAUUUCUUCAAUCUGCGGAGACAUCUGCGAAAAUUCUUUGCUUUUCAGUCGCCGAUUCAAUCCCUCAUUUUCCUCGAGUCAUUUCGGAUUCUGCGUCCUCUCUGUGCUAGCAAUCUUCUGCCAGAUUCGGGCAAACCAAGCAUGGACUUGGGAUGUUUCGACAUGGGUUGCAUUUCAGUCUCCGACAAGCAAAAUGCCGAUCGUGGUCUUGGUUCGGAAGAGAAGGAAGGCGUCCCACUCCCAGUUGAGAUCAAUACAUCGGCCUCGAAACCGGGAAAGAAUAAACUCUUGAAGGAAACAAGGCAAUCAAUAACAGCCCUCAACCGAUUCACUUCACUGAUUAAGAAGCCUCCACACCGUAAGACGUCUCCUAUCAAUUGGUUUCCGCGCAAGAAGGUGGACUCCUACUUAGAGAGGAAGAUAAAAAUGCUUCAGGAAAGAGAUGGCAUGAACUUAAGUCUCGAUCAGACUUUAGAUGAUGCGAAUCCACAUUACUCGAGGGUACUUAGAGAAAAGAUGGCGGCAAGAGACGCUGCACACCGGGCAAUGGAGGCUCGAAAAGCUGCAUUGGUGGAAGCAUCCUGGAGUCGAAUACUACAAGCAGCCAGGAUUCAGAGUAAAGAAGCGAAAUCUUUGCUGCAGACAGCAGAGAAGAAUGCUGCUGAAGCUUUUGAAGCAGCAACAGCUAUGGGAGUGAUCAUGUACGAUACACCAAAUUGCUCUCGGCAGUCUACUAAAAUACAAGCUUCUUCUGUAAAUGAAGGAGGUUCUACUACUCAUACAGUUACAGCCUCUUUUGAAACUGCAUUUGAGGUAGACCGAGAAGUGGCAGCAGCCGUGAAAAGUGCAUUCAUUAGGCUUGCCAAUUGCCCAUCGUUUAGUAAAGAUGAAUUCAGGGACUUGCUGCAAAAGAUCAGCCAGAACCCAGACACAGGUGAGGCUAAUCAGGAGUUAAAGGAAUUUUCAUCAGAAUAUGAUUCGGGAUCAGGGUCAGAUUUUGAAACAGCAUCACAGAAGAAUGCUAUUAGCUCUUUGGAUUUGAAUGCUAGCAAGCCACUUGAAGGAACAAGACAGAGGAGAAACAAAAGGAGGCAGUCCUUGGAAAAGCUCACUAUGGAAAAGCUGGUGGAAAUGAUGGUUGAGAGACUCAAACGUUUGCAGGAAGGGGAACUUUCUUCUCUUGCUACUAUAGUUGCGACCCGUGGUUUAAAUGUUGCCUUAGCUGAAAUCGAGAACAGUAAGGAUCCUGGUGCUGCUGCUGGGUUUUCCAAUGCUUCAGCUGUUUCUAUCUCCAGGAGAAUGUCAUCUUCAGGUGGUGCUGCUGGAUUUUCCAACACUCCAGUUGUUUUUAUCUCCAGGAGAAUGUCUUCUUCAGGUGCAGGAUCCGCCAAAAAUUACAAUUAUCAAAGUUUCCUAUCUGCACAGGCGAGAAAGAACCAAGCACCAGAACUGCCAAGUUUGGACAAGUUCUUAGUCAAGCAUAAGUCGAAGCUUGAAAUAGAGGUAGAGAAGGCCAAGAGUCGAAAGAAUCUUGGAAAUGAGACGGUGGGUAGCACAUGUAUAACUGGUGAGGUCAGCUCGGAAAUUACUGGCACUCAAAAUCGUUCUUUGGAAAAGGAUUGCAGAAAUGCGGGUGUUAAUGCUCCGUCUUCCGAGUCUGUUCCUGACUUUGGAAGCAUGCUAGUCAAGCAUUCUUCAAAACUCGAGAAGGAGAUUGUGGAGAUGAAGAGAAAUUGUGGAGAAGAAUAUGAGCCAACUUUGAAGGGUCAAAAUGGGGUCCUUGGUCUGGCCAAAGACGCUUCUGGAGUUCCAAGCUUGGAUCAGGUUUUGGUGAAGCAUGUCUCAAGGCUGGAGAGGGAAGUCGAAGAAGCGAAGAACGGGAGGAAGAAUCGCUCAGUUGAAGGAUGUGAAAUGAGUAGUUCAGACAAAGAAUCAGAAGAAGUCGAUGUAAAUUCAGUCCGAGAUUGUGAAACUAUUGGGAAAGAGAAUCUGGAUGUGAGCAAUAUUGCAAGAGAAGAGACAGAAGAAAGUCUAGACAAGAUCCUAGUCAAGCCACUACACAGAUUGGAGAGAGAAAAAUUACAAGCAUUAUCCUCAAGGAGCAAUUAUGAGUAUCAGAAGCACCAAAAGAAACAAUAUGGACAUAAUCUUGAUGAUUGUGAGAGUUUGGACGAAAUUUUGGUGAAACAUGUCUCAAGAUUGGAGAAGGAGAAGAUGAGGACAAAGUCAGAAGAAGGGUUCUCUGUAAAAACGAGAAGCGAUGCGCACUUGCCAGUGAAUGCCGAGGGUGGUCUGCACCAGAUCUUGGUUAAACAUAAAUCAAGGCUAGAGAGGGAGAAGAUUGCUGCUGCUACACAACAAGAACAAAUUAAUAAAGACUAUGUAACCCGUAGAGAAGCAAGGGAGCGGGAGCUUCACGAAGCAUGGGGAGGUCUAAGUUUAGGGAAUUCGAUGAAACCGCAUCUGUCGAAACUCGAACGAGAAAAGGCAGCGUGGAUUAAGGCUGAAGAGGAGGAAAGAAAAAGGACUCUGCAGGAGUUAUAACCUUCGUCCAAAAUUCAACCAUUUCAGAGGGAUUUUUCUAGCUAUAAAUGUAAAGACGGAGCUAGGA